GUUCUGCGGAGGGGAAGGGGAGGGGGGCACUGCACAAGAUGGUGGCAGUGAUGUUCAAGGUUUAUUUUGUUGAUAUUGUAUUUGUGCCCUUAUCCGUGGCAGGUUAUUUUCUGUCAUGAUUAGUUUCAUCCCGCGACUGCCUUCUUUAUGACCUUAUGCUCCUUUUAACUUAGCAUUCUGGACUUAUGGCUGUGUUUGAAAAGAAAGUUCAAUUACGAAGCCUGCUUGACGAUACUGAUGUGUUGACAUGUACAGUCGAGAGCUCCCAGAACAUACAGGGCCACACUGAAUAUGCCAUUCGAAUUCAGCGAGAGACCCAUCCAGAAAAAUGCUGGCAUAUAAAAAAGCGUUACAGAGACUUCGCAACUCUAAAUGGCCUUCUCUCUUUGUCUGGAAUAACUUUACCAUUGCCUCCUAAAAGACUUAUUGGCAAUAUGGAGCCGCUUUUUGUUGCGGAGCGUCAACUAGGACUCCAGAAAUAUUUAAAUUUUAUUUUGGCAAAUCCAUUUUUGUCCGCUUCAUUUCCUGUCAGGCAUUUUCUUGAUCCAGACAAUUAUUCUUCUUCUUUGCAAGAAACUGCUCUCCAUUCUGUGUCGCUUGCUCUUAGGGGUGAACCUUCAUGGGAAGUUUUGCGGGCACUUCCAGAGCUAGGGUGGCGCAUCAGAAAACAUUACUUUGCCAUUAAAAAACACAUUCCAAAUCAAGAUGAUCAAGAACUUCUUCUUAGUUGGACUGAAUAUGGUCCAGACAUGAAUGUUGCUACUUCACAGCUGCAAUCUGUUUUAUCAGUUCUCUCAACUGUUCAGGCGCCCUUUGCAAUUAACAUAGAGCUUUCCCGAUGUAAUGAAAUUGGUUGCCUAGUUGUUAGAAGGAUAAUCGAGAAGGGGUCUCUUCGUGACAUGAUUUGUGGCAGUAAGCUGCGGACUCCAUUUUUGCGAAAAUAUGGAUGUCCCAAACAAACUUUUCCUAUCAGUGGCAGGGAACUAGUCUCUUUCUCUCAUCAAAUUUUGCAAAUCUUAGCCGUGCUUCACCAGAAAAAUAUCCCAUUUGGUCAACUACAUGCUGGUAAUGUUUGCAUUGACAAUGGACGUGCCCUACUGCUAGAUAUUGAGGGUGGGCUUUUUGGUCUACCCAGCUUCUAUAGACCAUUUGUAAUUCAACAUCGUCGAAUUGACACUAUUCAAUCUGUUGAUAUGUAUUCCUAUGGACAUCUUUUGUAUGAAAUGGCCUUUGGCCGUCCUUUGGAAACAUCAACUGUUGACUCAUUUCCAACUUCAUGUCCACCAACUUUAGCUGACCUAUUGGAGCGGCUUUUGUCACCACGAUCUCUGCGGGAGGCCCUGCCAACUGCCCAGCAACUACUUCAACAUGAGUUUUUCAUAGGGCUGAAUGCUGAGGAUAUCCAAACUCGGCAACUAUUCAAGUUGUCAGGCCAAAUGAAGGAAACUUUAAAAAUUAUAACAUGUAAAAUUGAAGAAAGAUUAAGACAUGACCAAAAAAUCGUUCAUCACCAACGUCGCCUUGCUAGGGUUCAAGAAAUGCUCAGUUCAGAAGAAGAAAGGAAAAGAAGAAAUAAGAAAUGGAAACAAAAGGAAAAAGAAAGACAGCAGCAGCAACACCAACAAAUGACGAAUGGCAAAUCUCCUGAACGCUCAGACAGCCCAGCCAGUACGAGCACAGCUACUUCUGCAGGGACUGUGACGCCACCUUACAGUCGAAGUGAUAGUCAGCCAGCUACUCCAGCACCAGCUCUGCCUCAGAACCCAGUGCAGUCCCCAGACUCAGCACCACCUCCUCCACCACCUCCAUCAACACUUCCUUCGCCCUCAGUUGCCCCUGAGAGGUCUGCACUGCUCAGCUCCAUCUCAGGCUUUAAUAAAUCCAACCUACGUCGUGUUGCUAGUUCUAGGUAACACCCUUCCAAGUUUAGUGAAAUGAAGUUGUGAGAAGCCCUUGAUAGGGAAGCAAGUUUUUACUGUGCCUUUGUACCUGACCAUGUUUGUUGGAAAUGGAUUGAUUAUUGAUUCCUGUUGAGAUCCCUCUUUGGUUUAUGGAAAGCCACUGUAGUUAUCGGCAUUCCAGCUUUCUCCCUUUUUGGAAUCCCAAUGGCCCUGAAUUGUCAUAACCAUUGGAUAUUUUUGUAAAUAUUUUCCUUUACACGUGCCACUGUGUCACUGUGUCACUCUCAAAAUUGGCUCUAGCUUUUACUUUUAUUCUGUGUUGACUUAUAUGCUGAUAACUACUGGUUAUUUGUGAACCUCUUAUUGGUGCUGCUGGAAAAGGGUUCAGAAACAGAUUUUGUGAUAAAGAUUGCCAUCUUGUUAUUUGGAUGUGAAGCUAGCUUUUGACCUCCUAUUUUGAGUUGUCAUUUAUUUUAUUUUCAGAAUGUUUUGGUAGUUUAUUUUUCUUUUGUUGUGUCUUGUUAUUUCAUGUGUGGGAAAAUGUCUCCUCCAAGAUGUAUUCACUCUUUGUAAGCCAAUUGAAGAUAUACAACUUUUGAGGGCAUUUCAUUUAUGUGCCGCAAAUAUUUGACAAAUCUCAUUGUCCCAUCCAUGUUUUGCUGUCUGAUUCUGAAACUGUUACAUACUCCUACAGAUGUUUAUGGUCUAGUGGAUAGUAGUUUAUCAGGUGUUGCAAUAUAUGUAGAUCUGCAUGAAUAUCUAAAAUCAAAAUGCUAAUUGUAGUAAUAAUACCACUCUUUUAUGUCUAGUCAGUAAAAUGUUUAGACUGAUUGGUUUAUAUGUAAGAGACCAGAGCUUGCCCAGACAUUGUUACACCAUCAUAUCAGAUUUCAGUAGUCAAUUUUCUAAUAACUGGGCAUCUAAUGUGCCAAAAAUAUAGUAGAUGUUACUGCAUUUUUAUAGAUAUGUUUUCUAUUUUUGGUUUUGUUUGAAGCUCAAACUACUUUUGAAAUAUGAAAGGAGCUGCAUGAUGUGAUACCACUAGUCAAAUUGGUACACACCCCUACAAAAUGAAUCUUCCCCAAGCCUGUAUGCAUUUUUGUCAGUUUUGGGCUUUUAAAAAUAGUAACCAUUUCUCUACAGUUAAUUCUAAAACUGAGCAAAUCUGGGUUGUUGACAGUAUUCUGAAAAUAAUUAUAAUGUUUUAUAUUGAUGUAUGAUGUAUGAAUAUAUUUUGUUACUGCUACUACUUUUGCCAUAGGCUUGAUAAAAUCUUUGAUAUCAUUUUUGUAAUGAAAUGUACAUGGAAAUCGCACUAGAGACGGUGUUGUGACACAUGUACUUGCUUACUGUUCAUUAAUAAGAAUUAAAAGCACAAACUGCAAACGUGUGCUGUUUUUUUCUCAA